AUGGAAGCUGGAGGACAAAGGCGCACAGGGGAGCACUGGUGGAUGAUCAUCUGUUUCUGCUUUAUUCUGUGCUUUGGGCAGCAGCUUUCAGCUCAAAUAAGAUACUCGAUUCCAGAGGAAGUAAAAGAGGGAUUUGUUGUGGGAAAUAUCGCCAAGGAUUUGGGACUUGAUGUCAGCAGUUUGAUGGACAGGCGAUUUCGCAUCGUUUCAGGAUCGGAUGAUUCGCAGUUCGUGGUAAAUCCGAACAAUGGUGUCUUGCGUGUUCAAAGGAAAAUCGACAGAGAGGAGCUGUGUGAUGGUAUUGGAGCAUGCUUGAUUAAUCUUAAAAUAGUGGUGGAAAAUCCACUUGAGAUUCAUUAUAUUGCAGUUGAAAUAACUGAUGUUAACGAUCACUCGCCAACAUUCACAGAAAAAGAAAAGCGAUUAGAAAUUUCUGAAAACACUCUAAUAGGGACGCGUUUUCAGCUGCAAGCUGCGCGUGACCCCGAUAGUGGAGUGAAUUCUGUGCGCUCGUAUAAAUUAAGUCAAAAUGAGCAUUUUGAUUUAGAAAUAAGAGACCGGGCAGAGGACAAAUUGCCUUUUCUGGUUUUACAAAAGCCUCUUGAUCGGGAGAAUAAAGCUGAACAUUAUCUAAUAUUAACAGCAAUAGAUGGUGGCAAUCCGCAAAGAUCAGGAACGCUGAACAUAACAGUAAUUGUGCUUGACGUCAAUGAUAACCGCCCUAUGUUUAGCCAUGAUGUCUAUUCUUCAACUGUGCACGAAAACGUGCAACUUGGAACAUUAGUAUUGAAAGUUAUGGCAAGCGAUUCUGAUUACGGCCCUAAUGGUGAAGUGUCGUACUCUUUUGGGGGUGACAACAGCGACAAUAUAUUUCAUAUAUUUAGCUUGGAUCGAAUAACUGGUGAAAUACGAGUAACUGGAGAGGUUGACUUUGAAAAGAACAAUGUUUAUAAACUGGAUAUACAGGCAGUUGACAGUGGACAGCCGCCUUUAAACACAGAUUGUAGAGUAAUAAUAAAAAUACUUGACUUAAAUGAUAAUAAGCCUACUAUUGAAGUGACGUCACUUUCGAAUGUCGUGUCUGAGGAUUCCAAGCCUGGUACUCUAAUCUCACUCAUUAGUGUUACUGAUAGAGACACCGGUAUUAACGGGAGAGUUGUGUGUUCUCUCUCAGAGCAUGUUCCCUUUGAAUUAAAACCAUCAGUUCAGGAAAACAUGUUCUCUUUAGUGACUAAAGGGAAACUGGAUCGUGAAACUUUAUCUCAUUUUGACAUUACAAUAACAGCUACUGACUUGGGUCAGCCUCCGCUGUCCUCUUAUAAGACUCUGAGCGUGCAGGUGUCAGAUGUAAACGAUAACCCACCUGAAUUUAGUCUAAAUCCUGUCGAAUUAUAUAUGAUUGAAAACAAUGCUGCAGGAGCGCCCAUUCUCACGCUUAGUGCUUUUGAUAAAGAUCUAAAUGAAAAUGCUAUCAUUUCAUACCAGAUUAUUAAAGGGAAUGGAUCACAAAGUGAUUUGACAUCUUUCCUAAAUGUCAAUUCGGAGACAGGCGCAGUUUACGCACUUAAAAGUUUUGAUUUUGAAACAGUUAAAAAGUUCCAGUUCCACAUACUCGCCACAGACUCUGGAAGUCCAUCUCUGAGCAGUAACGUGACAGUGAACGUGUUUAUUCUGGACCAGAACGACAACGUUCCAGUGAUCUUAUAUCCAGUCAGCGCUAACGGUUCUGCUGAGGGUGUGGAAGAGAUUCCCCGUAAUGUGAACGCAGGUCAUUUGGUGACUAAAGUCAGAGCCUAUGACGCAGAUAUAGGAUACAACGGCUGGUUAUUAUUCUCACUGCAGGAAGUUAGUGAGCACAGUCUCUUUGCUUUGGACCGCUAUACAGGACAGAUAAGGACCCUUCGCUCAUUCACAGAAACAGACGAGGCCCAGCAUAAACUGGUCAUACUGGUCAAAGACAAUGGGAACGUUUCCCUCUCAGCAACAGCGACUGUGAUUGUCAAAGUUGUGGAGCCCAAAGAGGCUUUUGCAGCUUCUGAUGUUAAAAACGCAGUGAAAGACGAGGAGGAAAACAACGUGACAUUUUAUUUGAUCAUCACUUUGGGCUCGGUUUCGGUGCUUUUCGUCAUCAGCAUCAUCGUGUUGAUUGUAAUGCAGUGCUCCAAAUCUACAGACUAUUCGUCCAAGUAUUUACAGGACACAAAUUAUGACGGGACUCUGUGUCACAGCAUCCAGUACAGAUCAGGAGACAAACGCUACAUGUUAGUUGGACCCAGAAUGAGUAUCGGCUCUACUAUAGCACCAGGCAGUAAUAGGAAUACUCUAGUCAUACCAGAUCGCAGGAGGAGAGACUCUGGAGAGCCUAAAGUUCCCAGUUCAGACUGGAGAUAUUCGGCGUCCCUCAGAGCAGGAAUGCAAAGUUCUGUCCGUAUGGAGGAGUCCUCUGUGAUGCAGGGAGCUCAAGGAGUCCUGGUUCAGAACUGGCCCACCGUUUCCAGCGCUCCCGAUAAUGAGGGUGGAGAGGUGUCUCCACCUGUAGGCGCUGGAGUGGACAGCAACAGCUGGCAUUUCCGAUAUGGGCCGGGUCCCGGAGGCCCUCCGCACCUGAAACCCGGUGAAGUUCCUCCCGAAGCCUUCAUCAUCCCUGGAUCUCCGGCCAUUAUUUCCAUCAGACAAGGACAGGACGGUGACGACAAGAGCGACUUUAUUACCUUUGGGAAAAAGGAGGAGGCCAAGAAGUUAAAGAAGAAAAAGAAGAAGGAGAAGAAGGAUAAGCGGGAGAAAGGGAAGGAUGAUGAUGAUUAGAGAGACAGAGGAAGGAUGUCUUUUAAAAGACAGAAGUCUCAACGAAAGUCUGUAGAACAAAAAGUGUGCGUUUAUUAAGUCUGAGAUGCAUAUUUGGGAGCUCGUCCAAAUGUUUUCUUUUUACAAAAACGUUCCUGUUUGAUUACACAAAUACAUGGCAUCCCUUUCCAUUUCUUAAUGAUGAAACUGAUUAAUCUUGCCUGUUAGAUUACUGAUUAGUGUUCUCUACAAUUCAGACUGGAGUUGGUACGUCUGUCUUUUUCAUCCGAUUGGCUUUUGUUUUCCUUUUGAUAGGAAGACAAAAUCUGAUGUAUAAUGUUUGUUAGCUGUGUGCCGCUUCAAGUGUGUUAAAAUGCAGGAGGGAAAAAAAAAACUGCACAUGCUGGUGUAAAUAUGCAGGUCGAGGUGUGUGAAGACGCUAAGUUAACGCUUUUUGCUCAUUCACUUCUCCUGGUGCAGGAUGGGAGAAACAUCCUGUAAAACGAGAGACGCUGAUACAUACUUUCACACAGAGGACACAAAAAAAGUCUCACAUCCUCGAAAUAAA